UUCUGACAGAUUUGAUGAACAGGCGUUGUCGGUAGAUCUAUUAGUAAGUAGUUGAAAAUAAGCAUUACUCAGUCAGUUUGCCCUCGACUGUUCAAGAGAGAGAGAGAAAGAGAAAGAGAGAGCAGACUUCUGAAACACUUGUGGUAUCACAGUGACAUAACAGGAAAACUGGAGAUGUUUUUCUUGCGCAUCGCCGCCACUCUCAUGGUGUUGUUGCCGCUGGUUACCGCCCAGAAAGCCAUUGUGCUUCUUCGGUCCAAAAAUUACGAGGAUUAUACCUGGGGGGUGAGGGACAAUGGCGACGCAUACAUCAAACAGGGCUACGGCGGGGAUGCUUUUCGCAUUUUACCAGGGUUAAGCGGGAAGAAGAACGGGAAGAAAACCGUCUCCUUCAUGUCCCUGGAGCAUCCAUGCUCCUAUCUCCGUCACUAUAAUUUUUUCUUGCACCUCGAAAGCUCGAAGAACCCAAGGAAUGCUAGCACCUUUGACGAGAACGCCUCCUUUAUCCCUCGACCUAACCUUUUCUUCCGAGGGUACACGGCGUACGAAUCAGUGAACUACCCCAACCACUUUAUCCGCCAUGGUGACUUCAGGCUGCAGAUACGACCAUACGACCGCCAUCCCUUGUUUAAGACAGAUGCCAGUUUCAAGCCGGAGAAAAUAGUGUUGCAGAAAAGAUGUAGCAACUAAUCUCCUGUCACUCACGCCUAGGCCGGGGACGUUUGAUAUGCAAAAAAAAAAAAAAAAAGGCUCCACGUUCAAUGGCCUUAUGCGUGGAAUAG